AUGCAGGCCUUGACCAAGUUUCUUGUAUGUCUUGGACUGGUUACUGUCCUAGCGCUUGUUAUAUAUGGCUAUGCUGAAUGGCUCAAAAAACUGCGUAUUGAUUCGUCCGUCGAAGAGUAUACGAUAAUACAAGGCGUACAAGAAGCGCUUUCAGCUAGUAUACAAACAUUUAGAGCACGGGUUGCCACGUUUGAAAAGCAUAUCUCAAAUUAUCAAGCACACAAAGCCGCAACUAGUCAAUAUGUCGUUAGUAAGGAAGAUGUCGAGCGCAGGGAACUGGUGCAACAGCUGGAAGAGAAGAAAGCGCUGAUUUUAGUUCAAUUGAGGAAAGACGGAGCAAUUGAAAAAGUUAAUAGUCUUUCGGAAAACAAGGUGCAAUAA